UUAAAUGUGAAGGAGAAAAAAAAAAAAAAGCCAAUAAUCCAUAAUCAUGAAACGGUGCAAGUAAUUAGUCAUUCCAAAUUCAAAAUUGAUCCAAAGCUCAUAUUAAGGAUUUUUUUCUAAAAGUCUGAACCUGUAGAUAUUUUGGUAAUUAUUACAGUCUUAUUUCAGUGGAGUCUUGUUGAGUUCUUCUGGAAAUAACUUCUGUUUUAUUCCUCUCCUAAAAUAAACUCAGCAGCCGUGUCAUGAGCCAGGGAUUAAGAAAUGUGGAUGACCUGCAGCAGCAGAAGUCGAGGAAGCGGCGCACCUGGUCCAUCUGUUGGUAAUCCUCCUGUUGCUCUAUUAACCUCACAUUCUCUUUAUUUAUAACUCACUCAAUAUUUAAAGAUGGCACCUUCCGGCUUUGUUUACAUUGGAGAUUUCUUUUUUUUACUUUAAGCUUAGCGUUGCAUUAAAAGUACUUUUAAAAAAAAACUUUUCUUAGAGCCUUUUUAUGUAAAGUUUAAUGAUGCCAAAAUUAACUAGAGCAUUGUUGUGGAGUAGAAGGAAAAUGGUUUUAAUUUACAAAUAAAACUGAAACGUGUGGCAUGCCUUUUUAUACAGUUCCCCAGGAGUCAAUUACAUCUCUACCAACUUUGGUAAUCUGCUCAUUAUUCCUGGAUUUUAUUCUAACAGAUGUAUAUCUUUUGAUCGAAAUCAUUUCAACAUAAUUCCACAGUAUAAUUUAGUGUUAUUGUUUUCUGUUUAUUUUGCUCCAUCCAUCUUCCAAUGAUGUAUCCCCACAGCCUGACACUGCCACUACCAUAUUUCAUUUUUAGCUUUUUCCGCCGCAGUAUUGGUCAUUUAGGUUGGUUGUAUUUAGGUGAAAAAGUAUUUGAGUUUCAUCUGACCAGAGCAACUUCUUCCACCGUUGAAUAAAAAUACAUGCCAGACCUUUCAGGUUUUUAUUGGAAGGAAAUAUCACAAUUUUUGCUCUCCUUUGCGUUUGUCCCAUAAACCCCCAGGAAACAAAAUGUGAGCAGCUCCACUUUUCACUUUUGCAGCUUCAGUUUUUGACGUUUUAAUAACGCCAGACUUGUCUCUCCAGCAGAACUGUACGGCUUUUGCCGAGGAUUUGUGGAGGUGAGGACAACAUCAUUUCUUUCCAGACUUGAGUUCAACAGAUUUCCUUCAGUCAGUGAACCUGUGAAUGAAAUGAGUCACUCAGCGUAACGAUGUGGGCGCUUAUUGCCUCCAGUCAAUGAAAACUCACGUCUUCGGAGUAAAAAGACAAUCCCUCCUGCGUCAUCAAAGCGUCACCUUCUGUCCUUGAGUGUCUUAAAGUUUUAUCUGUCUGGCUUGUAAUGACACAGUUUUGUCAGAUUUUUUUAUUUAUUUGUUUUUAAUUAAAUUUGCUCAACUAAAUUGAUUAAAUAAAUUACAGUUCCUAAAGUAAUGUUAGCAUUUAGAUACAAAAUUGAUUUACAGGUUAGUGUUUUUUUUUUUUUUUUACUUGGCAGCUGUAAACAGACACAGGUCUUUUUCCGGCACAGAUUUGUUUGUGACUCUUGUUAAUGAGAUGAACGUCUUAUGCGUCUUAAGAUAAUCCUUUCAAUCCUUCAAGACCAGCAAAGUCAUCAGUUGAACCGUCACGAAGUCCAGACAGAGAGGAGGAACAAGCAGAACAACAGGGAACGUCUCAUCAACUGGACAUGCUGCUUUUACAGAUAUAACAGCUGAACUGAACGGUUCAGGAUACACCACUGACUUUGCUUUGAAGUCUGGCAGAGACCAUCUGAAGCUAAAUCUACACGCCGCCGACGACUCUGGAAAUGGAUUCCCUCAUGUCGCUGGGAGCUCCACUGAAGCAGUUCACCAGCUGUGUGUCUGGCACAAAAAACACCAAGAAGAGAAGAAGAAGCAAGGGGAGCCAGUCCGUCCGCAGGUUCAGCUUCAUCCGCAGGAAGAGCGUCAGCCGGAGGAGAAGCCUUCCCUGCAGCAGCCAGAAGGUCCCAGAUUCCUGGCACAGGGUCUACCAGGAGGAACUGAAGAAGGAGAGGAAACGUCAGCAGGCUGUGCUGGCCAAGAAGAACGCUGAGAGAACUGUACGGAGCACUCACUUCAGGAGCCACCACUGCCUUCCAAGGCACACCCCUGCAGGCAGGAAACAUGCACCCACAAAGGACGAGUCGUUCUUCGGAGCCUUCCAGGGUCUCAGUCUGGACGGGCUGACAGGAGGCGCCGCCGGAUCUCCUGCAGUCUCCGCUUCCGCUGCAGGCGGAGAGCAGUGCACAGUUAUGUGACGUGCAUCAGCUAAAGACAGUCAGCAGCUCUGGGAAGCUCCCUUACAAAGGAGACCUGCUGCAGAAAUCUGUUAAAGUGACUCAUUUUGUUUUGUAAUGGAAGGAAGGAAAAGCUUAUGUCGUUUGACAUGUUUGUACACUUGAAAAGUCUUUGGACUGCAUUCAUGCAUUUGCCAAUCAUACAAUAAGUUUAUAAAUGUAGCAUUUUUUUAAAAUAUGUAUAUGAACAAAGAUUUUUAGGUUUCUAGCUUAAAAUCUGAGCCAGAUGAGAAAUGUUUGUAUUUCUAAUUAAAUAUAAACUGUAAAGACUACACCAUGAGUGUUUGGCAUCUUUAUUUAGACAAAUACAUUUAGGCUCUACACUUUAAAAUACUUUAGACUUUAUUUAUUUAUUUUUUUUUU